AUGGACGCUUUCAACAAAAAGAUACUAAAGACCUCUCGAGGCUACACGUACACUUACUACACCGCAGAUGGCGACAAGUCCCUGCCAACCCUCUUCUUCUCACAUGGCUGGCCCGACCACGCCACAAUGUGGAAGAAUGUAGCAACCUCGCUUCGUCCCACAGGACAUCCCGUCAUCAUACCUGACCUUCUUGGCUAUGACGGCACAGAUAAGCCCACAGAUCCAGCCGCCUACAAAUGGAACUUGAUGACGCAGGACCUCAUUGAAAUCAUCGACACCGAGGAAGUCAGUAAAGUCAUCUCCAUUGGCCAUGACUGGGGCUCCGUCUGCGCAUCUCGCCUCUACAACCACCAUCCAGACCGUGUCGUGGGUCUUGUGCUGCUUAAUGUCGCAUACCAACCUCCCACCCGCCAACCAUUUGACUUGGACCGUGCAAACGCAAUGAUGCAGCAGAUUUUUGGCAAUCCGCUGUUUAGCUACUGGUACCUCCUCAUUGCUCCCGACGGUCCAGAAAUUCUCAAGAAUCAUCUGGAUCGCUUGCACAAUGCCAUGCACGGUACCGCCGAAACGAUGAAGAAGUUCUUCACGACUCCAAACGCCUUGCGUGAGUACCUCGUCAACGGCGGCGAUGACUUCGAAAUCCGCCCAUAUGCCCGGGAUCCAAAGUUCAAACAAGAAUUCAUCGACCGCUUCACACGCGACGGUUUCGAGGGCGCCGUGUGCUGGUACAAGGCUAACACGGAGAACCACCAGUACGAGAGCGAUAAGCAACUUCCUCAGACUGCGGAUAAGGUCAAUGUACCUGUCUUGUACAUGGGAGGAAAAGACGAUGCUGUUUGCCGACCUGAAGCUAUGAUUCCGGCGAUUCAGGCGGGCUUAUUGCCGCAGCUGGAACAACCGAAUAUGAUUGAUGCGGCGCAUUGGACGCCGUAUGAAGCGAGUGGAGAGGUUGCUGGGAACAUCAAGAGCUGGUUGGGGAAGCAUUACUCAAAGUCAACGGGCAAUCUAUAAACUGUGGGUGGCCCGUGCAGUCAAAUGAAAGCAUUAAGAACGUCACUGCAUUCGAAAUGAAGCAUACAAAUUGGAAGUAAGCGUUGAACAGGAAAUCUCAUUCAUGCUGUUUU